AUGCUCGAUUCAUUCCAGACGCCGAUGACAUCUUCUUCUGGCGGCGUCAACUUUUUGCCAGAAUGCGAGCCGCAAAUAUUCAAUGACAUUCAGGCGACGAUCCGAUUAUUCGGAGGUAUCGUUUCGAGAAUUUCAAAAAACCAACCUUUCUUUUCUCCUUCCAGGAAUGCCCAUCGCUAUAUUCGGCUUCAUCACCAACGUCAUCAAUGUGAUCGUGUUUUGCGAUCCCGAAAUGCGAUGCUCACUUGUUAAUCACUUUUUGCUAGUAAGAAAGAACAACCGGCGGAUCGUGGCGAGACCCAACCGACUAAACGUUCAGGUAUUAUCAAUAUCCGACUUGCUGCUGCUCGUCUGCAACUUCUUCAUGCUCAUCUUCCCGGUGAUCGCGUCGAUGAGCAACAACUACCCGCUCAACAACUAUUAUCCGGUCUUUCUCUGGUUCGCCUACCCGGUCGGCCUGAGCACUCAGACGUGCGGAGUCUACCUGACGGUCCUGGUGUCUGUGCACAGAUAUCUGGGGGUGUGUCAUCCGUUUCGCGCGAAACGAUGGGUCUCCGGCAAGCCUGUCAAAUGGGCGAUCAUCGGUGAGAUCAGAGACCAGAAGCUUCCAUCAUUUCUAUUUAUUCUUUGUCUCAUUCCAGGCUCCAUCUUCUUCAGCAUCAUCAUCAACUGUCAGACGUGGCUGGAGUUGGACAUUCGUACGUGCUACUCGCACGAAUUCCAAAACCCGGUGCGCUCGAUCAUUCUGACGCCGCUGCGACAGAACGAGAUGUACAACCUGGUGACAAAGUGCAUAAUGUACACGCUCAUCAUGUUCGUCAUCCCGUUCCUCACGCUCAUCAUCGUCAACUGUCGGAUUGUGGUGGCGUUGAAGGAGUCGACGCGAAUGCGCAACGGACAAUCGAUGAAGAAGAGCACACAAUCGUGAGUAGAAGCUUUUCGCCCUACUUAACGGCUCAUCUCUCGCAGAGAGAUGUCUGUCUGAACACCUUUAGACACUUGUAGAAAGAAGCAAUUUGAAAAAUUCCAGUAGGUUCACGUGGAAAUCCCUGGACAAGUAAGUUGUCGCUCGCUCUUUCAGGCCCCCACCCCGAAUGUUAGUCAUCAUCAUUCCGCUUGAAUUGCGUUCCUCCCCGCCCGUUGUUUUUUCAUGGAAUGGCGUGCUUGCUUUAGCUAUUGUUGCCUGUGCUCAUUUGCAGAAAACAAUCGGGCGGUUUUCUUUCAGGCGCAUCAUGCACAACUUCCGGAUGCUUAAAGGCGCCAAGUACAGCGAGCUGUUCGGACGGUUCGGCAGGCUCAACUUCAAGUGAGUACCUGGGGUAGAAGUUGCCGCAUUGUUUCAUAGAUUGUACGAUACUUAUGGUGCAGGCAGAGCGAUAAAGAAUUGGAAAAAAAGACAGUUCUGGUCAGCAACUUUAGUCAGCACACAUUGAAGAUCGCAUAUCUCAGCUGUCUGUAGAGAUAUCAAAAAGUGGUCAACUAAUAAAAUGUGAAUAAUUUAUUAAUGAACAUUUUAUCAGUUGAACACUUUCUGAUGUCUCCACCGGUAGCUGAGAUAUACGGUCUUGAAUAAACAGUAUUUUGGUAACCUUCUAGUAAAGUUUGUAUGGUAGUUUCCCCUGCAGUUAGCUACUUGACACUUUGCAAAUCUUCAAACCCGACCCAAUUACAGUCCUCUCAAAACACCGUCUCUGCUGAAAACGAACGGAAACUCGCUGCGCGACCGUUCGGUCACCCUCAUGCUUCUGGCGAUCGUGGCCAUCUUCCUGUGCUGCAACUGUCUCGCCUUCUGCAAUAACAUCUAUGACAACGUGCAAGUGGCGAGAAAACACGGCCAGGACGUGAACGCCUUCAAUCACACGGCUCAUCAAGAGGUUAAUCCGUUUUCCAUCAAAUGACUCCAAUUUUAGUUCAACGGAUUAUACUACUACGGUUACCCAAAACGCUGUUCUAAUCCCGACUACCACUACCACUUCCUCGUGCGUUUACAGAUCGAAGAGCAACACGAGGACAUCAUUGAAAACUGGAGCGUGUACAGCAUCUUCAACGAGUGGAACUUUGACUUUUCCGUCGAGAUUUCGAACCUGUUGAUCAGCCUGAACUCGUCGAGUUCCAUGUUCGUCUACCUCAUCUUUUCCUCAAAGUACAGAUCGAUCAUCAAGCACUGGUUGGGAUUGGAGAAGCGAAGGAGGGUAAGUACUCCCGAGUUAAUCAAGUUCCACACGUCACUUUCAGACGAACGGAGUCGCCUUGACGACAGUGAUGGCUGCUCAGAAGGCGUUGGAACUCUCGAUUCUUCCAGAUGAAGUCGAAGGUACGCAUCUGUCCCUCUUGACAAUUUCUAAAGUGCUCCCGAACUUCAGCUCGUCGAAAUCGCAAAGAGAAGAACUUAUUUGUGAAGAAAAAGCAGCUGAACAAGUCGGCGCAGCUCUUUCUGACCACUUCGGAAACUGAUCUUCGGAAGGCGCGCGCCAUUCGGAGAGAGCAGGAAGAGGAGGAAGAGCACGAGAUUCAGGAGAUUGCCAGCGACGAGCCGAGCACCGCCAGCAAUCUCUCCAGAGGUACUGUUGCUGACACAAUGUUCACAAUUGACGAUCCUAAGAUUUCAGACGACACGAACCGUUCGAGCUCGAAACGCAAACUUCUCCGCUUCGCCACUCUCGCCUAA